AUGACUGUUCUCAUAUCGUGUGCUAGGCCGCCUUCCUUGCUCGUGCCAUUUCUGUUUCCCAAAAAUACCUCGUCGUGGCUGAAGGUGCCCUCGAGAGCGUACUCCCCGUUGCUCCAAGACACACGAAGAAUUUCAGCUUUCCUCGCAUUCUGCGCAAACGUCUCAAAAAGGAGGUAA